AUGGCCGACACCGCCACUGCUCCUGCGGCCGACGUCGCCCAAAAAGGACGCCCUGAAAAGCCCGACGAGGCCAAAUUCAAGGCCGAUCUCGCCAAAGCCGAGAAAGAACACGAAGCUGCACAAGCCAAGUUCAAUGCCAGCCGAACCAAGCUUGACGGUGCUCGCUCUGGAAAAUCCACUCCUGCAAAUGAUCGUUUCAAGGCAUUGGUGGACGAACAAAAAUCCAUCCGCACCAAGCAACAAGAGAACAAGAAUGCAAAGAAAGAUCAGCAAGACAAAUUCACCAAGAAUGACAAUGAAAUCAAGAAACUCAUUGGCGAACAAAAGGAAACUCGUGCCCGUCUCAACUUCCGAAAUGUUGAUGAGCUAGAAGCCAGAGUUGCCAGCAUCGAACGUCAGAUCGAGUCUGGUUCCUUGAAAGUGGUUGAUGAGAAGAAAUCUUUGGCUGAGAUCCGAGAAAUCAGAAAGCAAAAGCCAAAGUUUGCUGAAGUCGAACAGUUGCAGAAAGACAUUGAUGCAAAGAAGGCUGAAAAUGCCGAGCUCAAGAAGACUUUCGACAAUCCCGAGUCUCGUGCUUUGGCUCAAAAGUACGAAGACAACCAAAAAGAACUGGACGACAUCAAGGCAACUCGCGAAGACACCAACAAGAACUACGACACCUUGAAGGCCGAACGGGAGAAGCUCUACAAUGAACAGCAAGCCACUUAUGCCAACAUCCGAAAAGUCAAGGAUGACUACUAUGGUGCCAGGAAAGCUUACAAGGAGUACGAGGAUCAAGUCUAUCAGCAACGCCGUGAACGUCAAAGGGCCGAACGUGACGCUUACGAGAAGGAGAAGCGUCGUCGCAUUGCUGAACAGAAAUUGGAGGAAGCUGGUGAACCUGCUUUCCUUGAGCAAAUCCGUACUGCGGAAGGUCUCAUCCGCUACUUCGAUCCCUCUUACAGCACCGGUGAGGGUGACAAAGGCCCUGGCGAGUUCGCUGCCAGUGCUCAGCGCACCAUUGACGACUCCGGCUUCAAGGGCAUGAAGGUCGUCAAGAAGGAGGAAGAAGACUUCUUCAUCGGCGGUGGAAGCAAGAAGAAGGGUGGAAAGGGAAAGAAAGGCGGUGCUGCUUCUGCUGACACUGGCAAAUUCAACUUGAACAUUGGCAUCAUUGAAGAGCUGGCCAGAGUUGGAGUUGAUCCCCCAAGCACCCAAGCUGACUCUCCCGCUGUUGUUGAGAAAUUGAAACAGAAGGUUGAGGCCUGGAAGAAGGAUCAGGACACCCAAACUCAAAAGAACAUUGAGAAGGCCAAGAAGGAGAUUGAGAAACUGGAGAAGGAAGCUGAUGAAGCCCAAGCCGCUGGGCCCAGCACUUCCGGUCGCCGACCUCACCAGGCCAAGAAAGCUGCCCUGAAGGAAACCGGCGUCAACGGUGGCCCCACCGCCGAUGCUGAAGAAGCGGCCGAGAAGAACGGCCUUGCCGACGCCACCAAAGAAUUGAAAGAAGCCAGCCUCGAAGAUAAAGAGAACGAGACCUCCUAG